CACAGAAUGUUAUAUUGAGGACAACAUAAUUUUUAGAAUUUGUCGAGUUGACAGUGAAAGUUUACAUUAUAAAAAUUGUGUUUCUUUGGAAGCUUGUCAUCCCUCCACCAUUAAAACUAUAGGCGCCUGAUUUACUUAUUAUCUAGAGACAUUCCAUAAAUGAAUAAAACUCAAAAAGACUAUAUAUGUACAUAAAUAUAGAUAAGCUAUCGUAAAAAGAAAUCCGUUAUUUUUCCAAUAACUGACUUCACUAAUAUGUAUCUCGCAUUGUAUUUAUAAGUGCGAUCGGGUCAGACUAUAUGGCUUUGCAAAGAUAAGAUUUCGUGCUAAAAUGACUUGCCAAAGAGUUUUGUGAUUGCUAGACUCAGUAUUUUUUGAACACCGUCAAGAAUAGACACCACCAAAAAAUGUCUAUAUUUUUAUCGCAAUUUAAAAAAAAAGGAUUUUACCCCAUCUUUUGCUUCUAUUGUGAUGCUGCUUUAAAAUAAUUCAAUUAGACCCAUAUACACAACCUACAACAAUGUAUAUUUCGGUAUGUACGUAGAUAAGUGAAUUAAAAGCGCGGUAAGGGCCAGAAAUAAGCAUUUUUAGGAAUUCAGUAGAGCAUAUAAGUUGUGUUGAGAUGAGUGUAUCACAGGACAGCGCAUUAACGUACGCGCAUGAUUCGAAUUUGUCGCCAAAAAGUCUGAAAUUAAUCUGUGCAGACUUUUACUUUGUGAGCAUAUUUAUUCCUUAACAAAUAGUUGGAAAGCGGACAUCGUCCACAGCAGUUUGAUAUAAAAAGUGACGUCACUAUACUAAAUUCAAGUUAUUUGUUAAAAAAGUUUACACUGAAAACCAAAUAAUUAUGUAUGAAUAUGGUGAUAAUUCAGGUGUGAAUGCACAAAAUGCAAACACAAUGGUACCGAACGUUAUGUUUGAUAAUCCAAUGCCAGAAUUGGGCAAGAUGCAGGUGCAAGAAGGUGGUAAUGGUAUGGAUAUGGGAGGUAAUGUAUAUAUUGAACCUAGAGCAGAUGGGGGUCCGCAGCAGACUAUGCCCAUAUAUGCGAUUGAUGCCAGUGUGCAGCAGUUCGAAAUACCUGAUCCAAUCCUGCGACGCACUUUUGCACGUAAGGUGUUCAUCACACUCGUACUGCAACAUGUACUAACACUGCCGGUGAUUGAAAUUUUCAUACUCUUCUUUGAUCCAAUUUCUCAUCCUGCUAUACAAGGCGUACGAGGCAUCAUGUUUUGUCUACUUAUUGUAAUGUAUUUUUUUAGUGACAUGCGUCGGUAUCCACCAGUGAAUGUUAUUGCGUUUGCUACAGUGACUUUUUUAUUAGCCGUAGAAGCCGGUGUCUUGGCAACUUGGUUAAAUUCACAAUUGGCAAUAUUUCCUCAUCUGAUAGUAAUUGUACAACUUUUAAGCAUAGUGGCUUAUUCGGAACAAACUCGUUAUAAAUUUACAGUUAUAAAUGCCAUUUUAUUAGUUCUGCUGGUUUCAUUGGCUGGCCACUAUUUGAUAGAGAUUGUAUUUUCCUCAUUUUCAUUGAAUGCCAUUGCAUACGCUCUACUCUCCCUCACAACUUAUCGUGCUGCAUAUAUCGUUUACGAUAUGCACCUCAUGUUGAGUGGACAUCAUGGUUACAAUCUUCAACCACAUGAGUAUAUAUUCGCAGCUACAAAUAUUUACGCCGACAUGCCAAAUCUUUUAUGGCGAAUAAUCAAAUUUUUUUUGGUAACACCUUUGAUCAAAAUGUACCAUUUUCUUGUAGGCUGUUGUUCUGCCGAAGUGUGUUAAACAUUUCGGCAUUUUCUUUUUUAUGUGAAGUUACAAAAAUAUUUAAUAUAUUGUACGGGUACAAUUCGCAUUAGCCUUAUAUAUUACUAUACUUAAAGAAA